GUUCGGACGCCCCUUAUAAUCGCACCGGAAUGACUGCCAAAACGAAGGACUCCAAACACGUCAAGUGCAAUAUCCGAUUCGAUAACAAUGUUUCGGGAGUGUAUCGGCCGGGAGAUACCGUCAGCGGAACGAUUACAAUAACUUUGGAUAAGAAUAAAAAAUUUAGAGGUAUCUGCCUACGCAUCAACGGCUUCGCUGCAAGUUUCUGGGAUGCCAAGGUCAAAACCGACUCCAGCAACAAAACCCGCAAAACCAACUUCAAAGGACGCGAGGACUACUUUAGCACCAUCAACUACUUUGUCGGCUCGGACGUGGGAAACCCACUGGAGGUGGUUGCUGGUACCUACAGCUAUCCAUUUUCCUGUCAGAUCCCAUCGAAUGCUCCCGCUUCGAUGGAAGGUAGAUACGGUCACAUCCGAUACCUGGUAAAGGUAUCCUUCGAACGCCCAUGGAAGCACGAUAUCGUCUACGAGCAAGCCAUCACCGUCAGGGGAGAAUCGAAUCUGAACCGUUUCGCCGACACGCUCUCGAAACCAACUAAGGCAGAAGCUAUGACUUCGUUCUACUUUGGCCUCACGGAACCACUUAUUGUGACCGCCAGUACUCCACGAUUCGGCUACGUCCCAGGGGACAUCAUAGAACUUACCAUUCACGUCAACAACCAAAGCAGCGUAGAUGUAAAAACAAUCGCAAUCAAACUUCAAAGAAUCGACACCUUCGUCAGCCAGGUGCCAAAGGUCGAACAGUUGCAGGAAUUCACGGUACUAGAGGAACGGACGACGGGAAAGGUACCCAAGAGGCAAGAAGCCAACAUCGAGGAGAACAUCUUGAUAGGACCGGGCGUUCCCAGUGACGACAAUCACUGUCGGAUAAUUCAGUCAAAGUACGAAAUCGACAUAGUGGUACAACCGAUCCGAUCGCGCAAGAAGCUAGCGAUGAAAAUACCGAUCGUUCUCGGAACGACCGCCAUCAACAGCAAUGGGCUGCUACCGGAUCGAUCAUUGGAGAAGCAGAAGGAAGCAUUGUUGGGAUACUGCAGCCCAUCUGCUCCGGUUGACAUCGGGGAUCAGGCUGCACCGCCGUCAUACUUGGACCUCCAGACAAUGGUUACGAGUACUUCCUGUUCGUAUUCCGUUGGAUCCGACGCUACCGAGGAUGGAGCCACCGCCGAGGAGCUGGACGGAGGGAAAAGGUCAGGACCGUAUGAACCGAGGGAAUUUUAG